AUGAAGUCGGCUGCAACGCACUUAUCUAACGGUUGGUUCAUGGUACGCGGCUGUGUACUCGUACGCAAAUUAUUUGUGAGCUCCAAAAUAUUAAAUCAUGACAUGCGUGUCCUGAAUAUAAUAGUUGUUGGCUUAUCCAUUACUCUUACGCGAAUGUUUGAACUGGUCUACGAACUCGACGUUGAUCCCAAUGCUUUCCUCUCCUUCGAUGUUGGUUCCGCAUGA